UUCUUUUUCAUUAGGAGGAAACCAUUCCAAAGGAAACAGAAGAAAGUCCAUUGAUGAGCUGCUAGACUACGUUGUUCAGACACUUCAAGACACUUUUCAGCCAGUUUACAUGCCAACUACCACAGCAGUUGUUAUCAUGGAAGGGACCCACAGCACCUUGCGUCUGUACCAAACCAUCAGGGAGAGGAGUUCCGUGAGACCUUUCAUCCUCACCCCCACCCCUAUCCAAGGGGGCCCCGGCUCCUCCCUCCACAAGACCGCCUCUCUUAGAGCUCAACCAAUCAUUUCCCACCAUCCAACGGAGGAGGGGCCAGUUGAGACAGUGCAGUGGGAUCAGUCAGGAGAACUUGGGUUUAAAAAGCAGAAACAGAGUUUUGAGGAGGACAGCAAGGCAGAUGGUUUAGGAUCAUCAUCAGACUCUGAGCUCCACUGGUUGGCUGACCUCCACCUGCUACCUCUCUGUUCGGAGUGUAAGGCCAGGGUUGGGAUGGGGAACCAGGGAGGUAAGCUCAGGCACCUGGGCUCAGAGGAGAGCCAAGAUGGUUGCUCACCUAGAUUACCACCAGACCCCCAGGCGACCAGGAGAAGGAGGACUGGGGGGAUGAACGGCACCAGUAGCCUACAGCACACCCUCACCCGGUCCCCUGGGACCCCACGGACAGCAGGGAGCUCCAAUAGAAUGAGGCUGAAGAGGUUGUGGAAGAUGAGUGCUCAUCCAGCCGAGGAGACGCUUCAGUGGGGUGCAGUGGAGUCGAGUCCAGCCUAUCCUUCUGAUGGUGUCUCCAACUCUAAUUUCACAGAGAGGAGGAAUACAGUCAUGAGAGGAGGAGAAAAGGAGAAGACGGACACCGUCCAGGGAGGCAGAGAGAGGGAGAAAUGUUCUAAGAGUCCAACUAUGACACAGGAAGCAAAGAGGCCAUGCACCGUACCCUCCAGCGCUGUUCUGGACUCCCUCAGGGGGGUUCUACUCUCUGAGAACCACUCUUGUUCUCUGAACAAGGUUCUCCCAUUUGAGUACCACUACAGUUCUCGCACGGCCCGAGAAGUUGUAACUCUGAAAGAAGAGUCUGUUCACAUUGACUCAGAUACGGAGCUCUCAGAGUACGACAACGAAUUCUGUAACACCUCUCCCUUCCCAUCUAAACCUCAAGAGAUAGAGGAUGCCCAGGACAGCACCAGGCAGUCUCCAGAGGGGGGGUCCAACCAGGCCCUGAGCCCCAGCCAGGAGGGAGGCAGAGCAGAGAAGGGGUGGAGGAUGGAGAUGAAGAGGAGGGAAGCAGCCUGGAGGGUGAUGGAGAAGAUUGAGGAGGUGGAGGGGAUCAUACGGAGGGUCAGUCUAAUCAGCACUGACUGGAUCAAAGAAGGGAGAGAGGGGAGUGUUUUUGAUCUAUUUACCUCUACGCCAGAUGUGUCUGAAGAGGAGUCAGUGUCCGAGACCAAACCAGAAUCCUCUUUCCAGCUCCAGCCAGAGCUCCAGGAUUGGGGGACUGCUCUGGAAGAUAAACUCCCAGCUGAGGAGAUUCAUGCCCUGGGUGAGGCGUUGAGCCAGAGCCUGCGGAGAGCCCUGAGGAUGGAGGGUCUUGGGGAAGACGAGGACUGGGAGGCAGUGAGGUGUAGAGAAGAGUGCAGAGAAACAACCUGGAACUUCAACUUAGAGCAAACUUCUCCAGAAUUGUCAUGGGAUCCCAUCGACCUCUCCAACGGCAACACCAUGACCUUUGACCCUAUGAGAGAAUGGAAGCCUCCCUCCUCGCCCUCUCUCUUGGACACCUCAUCCCCAAGGACCUCCAGUAGCUUUAACAACAUGUCCCCUAUGAUGUCCCCCAUCCUGUCUCCUCUGUCCUCCCUAUUGUUCAGCCCACGACUCAGUCGCCAUCCCCUGCCUCGGUCCCUCUCCCAGCCUGAUGAGGAGAUGAGCGAGGGAAGAAGAAUGAGAGAUGAGGAAGGUCAGAGAGGGACGAAGAACUCGGCACCAGGCCAUCUUGUCCUGCAGGGUGGGAGUUGUAAUAGAGGUGACAACAGUGACGUUAAGGUCAACAGAGGACAGGUAGGGGACAAAAAGGGGACCAGGAAGCGAGUAGCAUGGCUGGAUCUGAGGCUGAAUGAGCAGAACCAGAAUGACGGUCAGAGAAAAGGCGACUCCAGUUGGCCUGAGCCCGGUAUUUCCAGUUUGUCCACUGUGCUGUCUUUAGACGAGUCACUGAGGAGACAGGAGGAGAUCUGGCAGAGAGAUGAGUCCCUGGAGAGACAGGAGGAGAUCUGGCAGAGCGAUGAGUCCCUGAAGAGACAGGGGGAGAUCUGGCAGAGAGACGAGUCCCUGGGGAGACAGGAGGACAUCUGGCAGAGAGAUGAGUCCCUGGGGAGACAGGGGGAGAUCUGGCAGAGAGAUGAGUCCCUGUGGAGACAGGAGGAGAUCUGGCACAGAGAGGUGGAAGAGUCUCUGUCCUACUGCCGGCCUCUCUCCUGCCCCAAACACAUCGACUUCCUCAGGAUCACACCUCUGGAAGAUGACAUCAUCAGCGACUCACCUUUCUCCCCACUGCGAUUGCGGGCGUCGACCCCAGGUGAUGGAGAGGACCGGUCCACCCCAGGCCGUCUGCAGGCCAUCUGGCCCCCAACUAAGGAGGAGAAAGUGGGACUGAAAUACACAGAAGCCGAACACCAGGCAGCCCUCCUGCAGCUGAAGAGAGAAUGCAACGAGGAGAUGGAGAAGAUACAGGAGGACUUUGGAAAGCAGCUGCGCCAGGUGAGAGGGGACAAUGAGGAGCGUGUAUUCCACCUGGAGUGCAACCUGGCCCGGCUACAGAGCGACCUGGCCCUGGGUGCACACCACCGUCGUGGAGACCUCCGAGACGUUGCCGUAUUCACGGGAGAUGACCUCUCACAACGGACCGUCCACAACGUGUGCGUCCAGACGGACCGUCAAACCUUUAUCAGAACUCCUGAGGAUGAGGAGGGAGGUGUCAGGCUGGGCCCCCAACCCCCCCUCAAUGUGCCUAAGAGACUGGGCCUGGCUUCUAUCAGUCUAAAUCUGUCUGGACAGGCUACCUCUCCCUCUUCUCCCUCUUCUUCCCCCCUUCUCCCUCCUCCACCUCCUCCUCCUCCUUUCCCAAAACAGACCCAGGGACUUGACGGCCCUCCACCGCCAGCAGGCUGUGUUCCCCCUCCCCCUCCAGGUGUGUUGGUGGAUAAACCCCACAGGAAGCCUGCUGUGGAACCAGCCUGUCUCAUGAAGCCUCUCUACUGGACCAGGAUACAGAUACAGGACAAUAAGGACACACUGUGGAACUCUCUUGUGGAACCAGACAUCAUCAACACCACAGAGUUUGAAGAUCUGUUCUCCAAGACCACCUUGCAGACCAAGAAAAAACCUCUGUCAGAGGCCUAUGAGAAGAAAGCCAAGGCCAAGAAGGUCAUCAAGCUGCUGGAUGGUAAGCGUUCCCAGGCUGUAGGGAUACUCAUCUCUAGUCUGCACCUGGAAAUGAAUGACAUACAGCAAGCUGUGCUGACGGUGGACAACUCCAUCGUGGACAUGGAAACCAUCCAGGCCUUAUAUGAAAACAGAGCCCAGCCCGAUGAGCUGGAGCAGAUAACGAGACACUACCACACUUCAGAGGAGGAACUGAUCAAGUUGCUGGACAAACCUGAACAGUUCCUCUAUGAGUUAUCUCAGAUACCAGACUUCCCAGGCAGAGCUUCAUGUAUCAUCUUCCAGUCUGUCUUCAUAGACGCCAUCGCCUCCGUACAGCGGAAGGUUGACAUCGUCUCUCGCGUCUGCAAGGAUCUGUUGGAGACCUCCAGUGUGAGGGAAGUAAUGGGUCUGGUUCUAGCUCUGGGGAACCACAUGAACGGGGGCAACAGGACCAGAGGACAGGCUGACGGCUUCGGGCUGGAGAUCCUGCCCAAACUGAAAGACGUCAAGAGCAGGGACAAUCGAAUCAGUCUGGUCGACUACGUGGUAUCAUACUAUCUCCGCAAUCUGGAUGAGAACGCUGGGACAGAGAGAAGUGUCUUCCCUCUCCCCGAGCCUCAGGAUGUGUUCCUGUCAGCCCAGGUCAAGUUUGAAGACAUCACCAAGGAGCUGAGACAGCUGAGACGGGACCUGACAGUGUGUGAGAAAGGUGUUCAGAAGGUGUGUUCCAGCUCUACAGACGAGCACCUCCAGCCGUUUAAGGACAAGAUGGAGGCGUUCGUUCUGAUUGCGCAUAAAGAACAUGAUGACGUGCAUGCCCAGUUGAUGUUUGCACAAAAAAGCUUCCACGAGCUGGUGACGUUCUUAGGGCUGAAGCCCAAGACAGGAGAGACCGAGGUGGCGACAGGUCACUUCUUCAUGCUGUGGUUUGAGUUCUGUACCGACUUCAUGACCAGGUGGAGGAGAGAGAACAAGAAUAUCUCCAAAGAGAGACUGAAAGAGGCUCAGCUGUCGGUGAAGAAGAUUACAGCAGACAAGAAGGUGGAAACUAGGAAGAUCAACCCUAACAGUCUGAAAGAGAGACUGCGCCAGAAAGAAGCCAACAUGGUGGCCACAAGCUGAGAGACAGAACAGAGAAGAACAGGACAGAGAAGAGAAGACAUUAAUGAGAAGAGUAAUGGGUUGAUGUGUGAGGGGACUGGGGACUCCUCCCACCUUCUCCCGUCACCGCCCCUUAGUCACCCACACAGGACUGGGGACUCCUCCCACCUUCUCCCGUCACCGCCCCUUAGCCACCCACACAGGACUGAGGACUCCUCCCACCUUCUCCGGUCACCGCCCCUUAGCCACCCAUACAGGACUGGGGACUCCUCCCACCUUCUCCCGUCACCGCCCCUUAGCCAGGGGUAAAAAAAAAUUUAAAAGAUGCCCAUAAAACAUAUUUAUUAAAAAAAAAGGCUAAUAGCUGAUUUAAUAACUGGACAAAUUAAUAAGACAAUGUAUCUAGAUUGUAUGGUAAACUUUCUAUGAAAUAUAGAUUUGAUAUUCAGUUGUCUGUUUUCUGAUAUUAAAUAUCAGAAGUUUUGUUUGUUUUAUAAUACAUUUAAGUUUAUAAUCUUACAUUUCCACUGUCAAUCAUAUUAAUAUAUAUAUAUAUAUAUAUAUAUAAUUUGUGUACUUUAUCUUGCAAUCAGUCUGUUGUUACAACCCCAACAACACAAACUAGUUCAAUAAGGUGUACAAUCAUGAGUUUAUUCAGCAACCACUUUAUAUACAUGAUUAAUACAAUAACAAGUACAUUAAGUGACGUCUAACAGGGGCAAAGUUUGAAAAGAAAAGCCAAUAUUCAUGAACACCACACUCGUCUAGCGCUCUGGAAGUGAACGCAUCCACCAACUCAUAUUCCACACGGUGGAAACAAUAUAUGCUCUCAACGGUUUACAAAAAUAGUCUGUCAAAUUCUUACACUGUGGCUUUUUCGCCUUAUUUUAAAUGGCAAACAUGCGCAAACCUUCUGGUAUCCACAGUGAUACUGUUAUUUGUAUUAGGCGCAAACCAACAAUAUCAUUAAAAAACCAUUACGCUCGAAGCCAUAAACCAUUUACAAUGUGCCAAACCAGUCAAUUAUGCCAAACCAGUCAUUAUAGUCCCAUACAUUACACUGGGGAGUCUGUUGGGGUUGGCAUAGCUACCAGUUUAGGGUUUUGGAAUGGUUUUGAACAGUUCCAUCCCUUGGUUUCGUUGUCUUUUGAUCUCCCCUUUUCGGAUUAAGAUUGGAUAUUCUCUCCCUCAUGCAUAUUCGGUUUUUGCAAUGGAAGCACAUUUAAUUGUAUGCAUUGGUCGGUACCUUUUAAUUAUUCCAGUGGAAAGCAAACCAACAGAGACUGUGUCCACCUAUGGUUUUAACUAGGCCUAAUCCAGGUCUAUGGAAGCGCAGCGGCACGUCUUUACGCGCUGGACGCGUUUCUUUCGGGAGCUGGGUGACUGGCCGGGACAUAUGAGGGUAUAGGUGACAGUUGUGAAUGUUUUCGGUUUACAGGUGGAACACGAUUGGAAAGCCCCGUCAUCUUCGUAGAUGUGUCGGGGGAUGUAGAAGGAGUUACACUGCCCGUAACAGAAACGAUUGAUUAUAGUGCGGCUGAGGCAUCCUUCCUCGUGGAUCGUCUGUUUCAGCGGCUGCGUUUUGCACCAGUCCAGUUUGAGGUACCGGCGCUCCGUGACGUGUAAGGCUUCUUGGCUGGAUUCUAGAACCUCGUCGUUGGCAGUUACUGGCCCCAUUUGGCGGGACACAAAUCCGUUCUGUGGUGGCUGCUGCGGUGAGCGCUCAGACUGGUUGGGACUGGAGUUGUAUUUGUAUGGGUGCUGAAAGGAACCCUGGUAGCCACCUACCCCUGCACUCCUUUGCGGACAGAAGAGUAGUCCCAACACCAUGGCCGAGGCAAAGACUGACGUCUUCAUCCUGAUCUAUGGAAUAUUAAAUAAUUACAACUAAAGCCGUCAUGGAAAUCAAAAGAACAAAUUACGCAUAACUUUUAGCAAGGUUUAUGCAGUAAUGUCAAACCAAAUACAUUUCCAAGUGGUUAUAGCGUACAGUUAAGACUAAUAGAAUAAUUUCAACAUCGUAAUUGGUAGAGCGAAAACGAUAAAUAGCUAGAUUGGCUCACCUGUGUCCUACACAAACGACACGACAGAAAGAUUCCCUGCGGGAUUAAGAUAUUGCUUAAAUAGAAUUAUCCCUGUAUGAUCUCUUCUUGGAAGAGGCUAAACAAACUGCUGUCUGGCUGUACUGUCUCAGAUUUAAGUACAGUAGAGGGAUGUACCCGCCCCCUCCAACGCCCGUCAUCCUCUGAUAGAUCCUACGUAAAAAUGGCUCAAACCUGGGAAACUUGCAGAGUAAAUCAUUUUAUUUUAAAUGAACAGAAAAUGAUCAGAAAGAAAACAGCAAGAGACUUAGUUAAGGCUUGAGCCACACAAAAAAAGGAGCAAAACCAGAUCAAAACAUCAACAGCAUAUUUGUUUGAUAAAAACAAGGCUUCACAGGGUGAAUCAUACAUCACAGGCACACAAAUAAACUGAGUAUCAAUACUUUUGAUAUAUCAAUGAUUGAUUGAGAACUGAAAAUAGCAGAGUAUAAUACCUUUUUUAAAUGAAUUGUUUUACACAAGUUGUACAUAUCAAUAUACCGCUAUUACUGCAUGUAACGUUGUUAGUAGGCUACGUAGUUCAACAAAAUGUAAUGGUGAUUAAAGUAAUAUUUAGAGAACAC